CUGCGUGCAGGGGCUGCAGCAGCUCAGACGGGAGGCCGACAUCAGCCGUGCAGGGGCUGCAGCAGCUCAGACGGGAGGCCGACAUCAGCUGCGCAGGGUCUGCUUUGAAGAAAGCCUAGCAGGAUCCUGCAGUGAAUAUGGAUUUUUUCCAAAGAGCUCCUCCGUUCCUCAUCCAGCUCCAGAAUAUUUUGAGAAAAUAUCCAGAUGGAGGACAAAUUCUUAAAGAGUUGAUACAGAAUGCUGAUGACGCUAAAGCCACUGAAGUCACCUUUAUUUAUGACGAAAGGGAAAAUGGGAUGGAUACUCUGUAUGCGAAGGACAAGCAUGUCAUCCAAGGUCCGUCUCUUCUGGUGUACAAUAAUGAGAUGUUCAGUGACCGCGAUUGGGAAGGAAUCCAGAGACCUGGAAAUAGUAUCAAACGCAAAGACCCCGACACUGUUGGGAGAUUUGGUCUGGGCUUCAACUCUGUAUAUCACAUGACAGAUUAUCCAGCCAUCUUCAGUGGAAAACAUAUUGGAAUUCUGGAUCCACAAGAAAAUAUAUUCCACAGAGGAGGUCGUUUAUGGAACAUUGCAAAAAAAGAUCAGUUUGCAGAAGAUUUGAAGAACCAAUUUCAGCCAUUGAAGAGUGUGUUGGAGACACUUGGUCUAGACAGUUGGAAGGAAAUCCUUGAUUCUGGCUGUUUAAACGGAACUCUCUUUUGCUUCCCUCUUCGACUUUGCCCAUCUGAGAUAUCUGAUAACAUAUAUACCGGGGAAAGGGUUGAAGAACUCUUUGAGUCUUUCAUGAAAGAUUCUCAUAUUGCCCUUCUUUUUCUUCGUCAUAUUUCAAGCAUUUCUUUGAAAAAAAUUGGAAAGGAUGGAGUAACGAAGACUCUUCUCAGCGUUACCGUAUCUUCUGAAAAGUUACUAGAAGCGGAGCCGGCUGGAAUUGCCAUAGAAACACAUUGUAAAGUUAUUUCACUAAAGUACAUGGAUAACACAAAGGAAGAAUGUAAAUGGUUGGUGACCACCAGCAACGACCAAGGGAGUUUCUUUCCAGAACUGACUGAGCUGAGCAACAAACUAAGCAACAAAGCUGUCCUUGACCUGGCAUACCCCUUAUCUAAGCAGAAUAUGGAUUUAUUUGGAGGGCGUCUGAAUUGCAUUCUCCCACUUCCAGACAAGGAAGAAAACCAAACUGGACUUCCAUGCCUUAUCAAUGGAUGUUUCGAUCUCACAGACGACAGGAGAAGCUUGAAGUGGCCUGAAACUGACCAACAGCAUGAUGAUGGUGCUAAAUGGAACCAGAUCUUGGUAGAACAAGUCUUGCCUUUAAUUUAUACCCAGGCAGUAAAAAAUGGCAUUUCUUUAGUCAAGACGUCAAAAAUUACAGUAGAUAUGACAUACGGAAUUUGGCCAGAUCCUGAAAAAACUGCACACAAAUCCAGAUGGCAUGGUAUCGUAAAAAAGAUUGCCAUCUACCUCGAAAAUGAGAGAGUUCUGCAAACAACGGAUAGAACGCAAUGGAUAACUGCAAGUGAAGCUGUUUUCCUGAUGAUGGAUGAUAUGGAAAUGCACGCUUGUUUAGAGGAAUUGCUUCUCCUUGUAAAAGUUCCUCUAGUUAAAGUUCCUGGUCAUGUUUUUAAGAUUCUUCAGCUGGCUAAGAAGGCCACUUCAGAUCUGAAUAUUGUAUCUCCACGCUUUGUGAGGAGCCUGUUACAGAAGAAGAAUGCGUGGCUUCACUUUCCAACAGAGAAGAAAUUGUUGCUUCUGAAAUACGUAAUCAGUGAUGGACAACAUGACGCUCUACUGAAUCUGGAACUACUGCCAUUAUCUGAUGGAUCAUUCACAUGCUUCCAAAAUACAGCGUUCAAUGGCAUUGUAUACAUUGACAGCAAAAAGAUUCCAAGAACCUUAUUACCCGGGCUCGCAGACAGAUUUAUUCCAGAAGACCUACCUGAUGAUCUACAUUUGUUCUUCGUGAAUACUGGAAAGUCAAGUUGCCCGUACACGUUCAGGUUUUCUGAUGCUAUGUUGAAGCUAAAUCCAGGUAUGGAUCAUGAAGGAAGAUAUGGCAUUAAGGCCAGAUACUGUACCAUUUCUCCUCUGUUUUAA